UCCAUAUGUACGUCAAUCAGCGAAAUAGUGACGUAUGACGUGUUUGUUUUAGGUGAGAGGGCAAGCGUGAGCCAGACGAAACUACUCAAUUUGAUACUACGCUUUAAUGGCUCUGAAUUGACACUACCUUAUAAAGACACUUUCACAGAGGAAGUGAUGUAUUAUUCCGGUAAAAGGCGAGGAGAAGAUGGAAUUGCUGCUGUCAUUGACUUCCUGUUGUCCAACGCCCGGCUGGUGCUGGGGGUCGGCGGAGCCGCGGUGCUGGGUAUUGCCACCUUAGCUGUGAAACGGUUAAUAGAACGUGCCGGCAGGCCUCCUGAUGAGAAGCCUGACAAGAAGAUGACGGACAGCUGGGAGGAGUUAAGCUUGGUUAGUGCCUCCCCCAAACUGCUACACAAGGGUAUAGAAGGAGUGGUCAUGAAACAGAUUGCUGCUGCAACCAAGAAAGCGGAGUUGUCCCAACCCAUCCCCCUGCCCUCACCUGAGUCCCAGCGCUGUGAUGCUGACCAACCUCAGAGACGGAAACGCAUGGAUCUAUGUGUGAUGACGUUUGCGGAGCGUCUGCAGCAGUAUUACAGAACACGAGUGUGUCUGUCAGCGAAGGAGGUGUCUGUCGCACAGCAGCGAGCGUUAGAUAUAGCCACAGAGAUCCAGGCCUUCCUGCACUCCAAACACCCAGACAUGCCGCUAGGAGACAUGACGCUGGCCGGGUCACUGCUCGACGACCUGCAAGUGGUUAAAGCUGACCAUGCCUGCCUGAUCGUGCCCCUACAGUUGGAGUCCAGCCUGUGGACGCCUAUUGCCGGAGAGGACACAUUUUUGGGUCACCCUCAGUACUGCAUGGUGCGUCGCGAAAACCUCGAGUACUUCCCGAGGGGGCGGAGCUACUGGGACCGACAUCUGCUGGGUGGAUACUUGUCGUCGCGGCUUGUUUCUGAGCAACUAGGCAAGACCGUGAUGGAAUCGAUGAACUGGCCCUCGCUGACCGGAACCCUGGAGUGCGAGGUCCGGCCGGUGCUUGGGUCUCCUGAGCUCAAACUAGAGAUCGAAGGGUUAACCCAAAGCAGUUACGACAGCGGAGAACGCUUCUAUAUAACAAUGUUGCCAACAGUGCGCCUUGGCGAGAUGAAGCUUACAGCGCAACGAGAGAUCACCGGGUCAUUCGACUACGUCUGGUACCAGAGCUUAUACACCAGCGAAACAGCUAGACUAGCAGCGCUUGACAAAGCAGACUCGGGGGUCAGAAGAAAGUGCCUGAAAACGCUAAAGGCGGUGUGCCGCAACUGCCCUUCGCUACGCAAGCUCAACGGCAGCCAUCUCAGCAACGUCAUUCUGCACAUGAGCGAAAAAGAAACAGACUGGUCGGAAUCGUCGUUCGCUGAUAGGUUCCAGCAGGCGAUCACAGAGCUAAUCGGAUAUCUGGAAACUGGAAUCUUGCCUAGUUACUUCAAACCUAACGUGAAUCUGUUUCAGGGUUUUACUGAGGACGACAUUGACGAGAUGGGCUUCAUGCUGUACUGUGCUGUAACCGAACCUGAGAUUCUACUGAUCUGAUUCACUCGCUGUCCUAUACACCUCCUAUACGCACAUAGUCAAACUCUCUAUGGCAACUUGCAUUAAUGCACCUUUAAACAGUGAAUGUAUAAUUACAUAUCAUUUCUAUAAGGCGUCUGUUCACGAUCCCCUGUAUGUGUAUUUCCACUUACUACUCCUUUAAGGGGAUCGAAAUGAAGAUUCAUUUAACUAUGCAGCACUUACCUAGUCAGACACUUUGCUUGGAUGUAGAUUUUAAGGAUGUGAGAGAAAGAUUUCCUGGUUUGGAUGUGUUCCGAGUUUUUUUUUUUUUUGUUAAUAACCUGUUCUGAGCUCUGCGUUGACCAUGAGUAUAUGUUCUACUAUUUUACUUUUUGGAGCAAUGGCAGUAAUCAUAGACAGUGUGAAGCUGUGUUGACUUUGAAGAAGCAAAUACUCAAUAUUAAGACAAUAAAGCAGUAAUGCAAUGCUUUUGUUGAAAACUAUUUUUUCUAUUUUUGUUAGAAACUGAGUGUUUGAUUGAGGGAAAAAAUGUGUGUUGAGAAACCUUUAUAAGUGUUCUUUUCCUUUCUGCUCACAUUUUAGCAGAAAUAAUAAAACAAAAAGUUAAUACACUACCAGUUAAAUGUUUUUGAACAGUAAGAUUUUUAAUGUUUUUAUUUUUAUUUAUUUUUUUUUUUAAAUAAGUCUCUUCUGCUCACCAAGCCUGCAUUUAUUUAAUCCAAAGUACAAUAAAAAGAGUCACAUUUUGAAAUAUUUUUACUAUUUAAAAUAUAUUUUCUAUUUUAAUAUAUUUUAAAAUGUAAUUCAUUCCUGUGAUUUCAAAGCCAAACUUUUAGCAUUAUUACAAUCCUUCAUAUUCUGAUAUUAAAUAUUCUGAAUUGCUGCUCAAAAAUCUUUUUUCCAGUUUUUUUUAAUAGAAAGUUCAGUAGAACUGCAUUUAUUUGAAAUAGAAAUCUUUUGUAACAUUCUAAAUGUCUUUAUCAUCAAUUUAAAGCAUCCUAAAUAAAAGUAUUAAUCUCUAUAAUUAAAAACUCCAAGCUUUUGAAUGGUAUAGUGUAUAAUGUUACAAAAGCUUUUUUUUUUUCGAAUCUUCGAAAAGAGUACCCAACUGUUUUAAAAUAUUAUUAUUAUUAUUAAAUUAAUUAAUAAUAAUAAGUGAACAGCAAUAUUAGAAUGAGUAAUGAUGCUGAAAAUGUAGCUUUGAUCGCAGGAAUAAAUUACAUUUUAAAAUAUAUUCAAAUAGAAAGUAGUUAUUCUAAAUAGUAAAAAUAUUUCACAAUUGUACUGCUUUUGCUAUAUUUUGGAUCAAAUAACUGCAGGCUUGGUGAGCCGAAGAGUUUCUUUAAAAAAAAAAACAUUACAAAUCUUACUGUUCAAACCCUUUUGACUGGUAAUGUAUGUGAAGCAGGUUUCCCUGUGUACAUCUUAUAAUAACUUGCCAAAAAGUUUGGUUAAAAAUAAAUAGCAGAAACAACAUUAAAAUUUCACAACAAUCCUACACUGUUGAUAGGGUUACAUGAAUUCCAAUAUGAAUUCUUGUUUGCUAUUGGGAUGCGUGUCUAAAUAAAGAGAUUGUUCACAAUUUUCA